AUGAUGUUGGUGAAUUGUCGAUUGCAGUUGCACAAAGAGCCAUUUAUUCUUCAUAAAUUGCAUUGCCAUCUUCCAUCACUUGUGAAACUAUCUACACACUCUCACCUUACUUAUGCAAAUCCUAAUGACAUUCAUUUUUUUUCCUUCGUUAUAACUCUUAUUCGCUUAAGCCAACAUUUGAGUAAAAUUAAUGAUGUUUUAGAUGAGACAUCUUUUUGUACAGGGAUGGGAAAUCGUCAAGUUUGUGUUAACUUCAAUCGAAUUCUUCUUGAAUCACAAUGA